UUGAGUCUGGCUUCUCAGCAUAAAUACUAGGACACUGUCAUUUAGCCCCUUUUAUCCAUGCACAAGCUGCGCUGAGCCCUUAAGAAUCAAGAACUGGACCAGAUCUUUGUUUCAUAUCCAAAUAUUCAGAGAUUCCUUUGCUGAAAUAAUUACUAUCAAGUAAUUAUUUAUUUUAUCUUUCAAUUGGCAAUUGGGUACUGGACAAAAUGCGUAAGGAAACCAAGACAAAAGUCUUAUUUUUUGUGAUCUUGGUGGGCUCGGUGUGCAUGUUUACAGCAGUGGUGACAGACCACUGGGCCGUGUUGAGUCCUCGAGUGGACAACAUAAACACAACAUGUGAGGCAGCUCACUUUGGCCUUUGGAAACUUUGUAAGAAACACAUCUAUAUUGAGGAUAAGGAAUACAUUGGUAAAGGCUGUGGACCUAUCAGCCUACCUGGAGAAAUGAACUGUUCUUACUUCAGACACUUCACGCCAGGGGAAGAUUCUGAGAUCUUUGAAGUUAAAACUCAAAGAGAAUACAACAUCUCAGCUGCUGCCAUAGCCAUCUUCAGUCUUGCCUUCAUGAUUUUGGGCACUCUGUGUGUGUUGUGUUCCCUCAAAAAGGGAAAAGAAUAUAUGUACAAGCCUGCCGGCAUGUUCUUCGCUUUUGCAGGUCUGUGUGCCAUCAUAUCAGUAGAGGUAAUGCGGCAGUCAGUCAAGAGGAUGAUAGAAAGCGAGGAUACAAUCUGGAUUGAGUAUUACUAUUCCUGGUCUUUUGCUUGCGCCUGCACGGGUUUUGUCCUUCUCCUCCUCAGUGGAAUCGGUCUGGUGCUGGUCUCUAUGCCACAGAUGCCUAGAAAUCCAUGGGAAACCUGCAUGGAUGCUGAGCCUGAACAGAUGUAGAUAAGGAAUAGCAGAUGCCAGAAGGUAAACCACUGCUUCGCAAUAUAGGCCUCUUUGGUACAAUAAGAGCGCUCGACAUACAGAUGUCAUAAAAUUAGCUCAGCAACUUUCUUGUUUCCCCUACAAAGUGGCACUGAAGGAUAUAAAUGUGCCACACAUUCUUGUCAUGCAAGCAAGUAGCUAAGCUUUUCAGUCAACUAUUAUAAUUAUCACCAUCAAGUAUCCAUGUUUAAGAACAUGAUGUAUAAAAAUCUCUAAAAUGCAAUUUUAAGAGAGAAGCUGGCGUUGUGAAUUUUGAGUAAUGAUGUGUUGGUUUAAUUGGAGAAGGGUUGCAGAACUAUUGUGUUUGCUUUAACAUUUUGAAGGAACGAGGUGUUGAUGUUUAACAACAUAUUUCAAGGAUUAUGUACUGUUGGUUAAUUUGCACUAGCUUGCAGAUAGGUAGUUCAAACAUCAACAAGCAGUGAUGUAAUGCCACAUGAGUUUGGGGCAGAAAGCAUCAGUCAUCUUGUAAAUGAAUUUAGAUUUGUUUAGACGUGAAAAUGCUACUUAGUUUUUUUUUUGCCAUUGGACACAGUGAUGCUCUGAACUGCCCUGAUCAGAAUGUAAAUGCUUGGUCUGCUGUGGUUGCUGAAUGCUUGGCCAGACAUUUUGGAAAAUUUUCAGAUCUUGCAGGUGCAAAGAAAACGGCAUCAAUCUAACGCUUAUGUGAAGCAGUAAAAUAUCUCUGAGACUGUCCAAGUCUAUGGCUUCCUUAAAUUCACCCACAGACAAGCCUGAAACAGAUAAACAUUCAGUCAUUUCUGUGUAAACUUGGUAAAAAAAUAUAUCUCUCUGUAUUUAUGCUAAGGAGACUUUCUUUUGUACAUUAUAAUUAGCAACUAUAAAUUUGUUUAAUUUGGUAAUUCGCAACUGAUUUCUCUCUCUAAGGGCUUUUGUUCAUUUUGUGACCUGUACAAUCCUGGUUAUUAUGUCUUAGAAAAGCCCUUCAUGAAUAAAAAAAAGAUAUUAAAAUACAAGAUAAUAAAUUUAAUGUCACAUUCAAUUUCAUCAGAUCUUUUGGAAUUUAAAUUAGGAGAUGUUAUACUCAGUGGCUAAUAAGCUAAAAACAAACAAAAUGGCAGACAACAAAGAAAAAAGCACCUGUAAAAUUAUUGGAAACAAAAUGAAAGAAAGAAAGAAAGUUAGUUUUGGGUUUUUUGGUAGCCAUUAGAAUGUACCUUUAUAUCUCAAUUACUACAUGAUGAGGUAAAUGCUUCAAUCAAGUUUAGUUUGACAGUAAAUACUGUAUUUAUUUCUUUUGAUGUUGUGAGCAUGCAGAACAAGCAUUAUGCUGCUCAACAGAGUCUUUGUAUUUCUGAUGUUACAAACCCAUGUUGUCUAUUUCUAAUAAAACAAAUACACCAA